AUGGGGCAUUCUGCAGCAAUCUGGGAUUCCAAGCUUGCAAUUGAAAGAGUCAAAGACUGGAAUGGAAUCGAUCAAAUCGUACUUCGGAAUCCACAAGGCGCUUCGGCUAGGGUCAGCUUGCAGGGUGGCCAUGUCAUUUCAUGGCAGAAUGAUCAAGGCCAAGAACUCCUGUUUUCUAGUACUAAGGUGAAUGUGAAGGCUCCAAAAGCAAUGAGAGGGGGUAUUCCAAUCUGUUUUCCUCAGUUUGGAAACUGUGGAUCACUUGAGCAACAUGGAUUUGCAAGAAACAAAAUUUGGGUUGUUGAUGAAGAUCCUCCACCUCUUCCCACAAAUGAUUCAAAUGGGAAAUCGUUUGUUGAUUUGCUACUAAAACCAUCUGAAGAAGAUCUCAAAUCUUGGCCUCACAGCUUUGAACUUCGGCUUAGAGUUUGCCUUGGAAUGGAUGGGAAUCUGAGCUUGAUAUCGCGUGUGAGGAACAUGAAUGGGAAGCCGUUUAGUUUCUCAUUUGCUUAUCACUCAUAUCUAUCUGUUUCCGACAUAAGUGAAGUGAGGGUAGAAGGCUUAGAAACAAUGGAUUACUUUGACAACCUUUGUGAAAGAGAACGGUUUACUGAACAAGGAGAUGCCAUUACCUUUGAAUCCGAGUUUGAACGCGUGUAUCUGAGUUCGCCAAAUUGCAUUGCUGUACUUGAUCAUGAAAGGAAGCGGACAUAUGUGCUAAGAAAAGAAGGCCUUCCAGAUGUUGUGGUGUGGAAUCCAUGGGAGAAAAAAUCAAAAGCAAUGGCAGAUUUAGGAGAUGAAGAAUACAAACAGAUGGUUUGUGUUGAUGGAGCUGUAAUUGAGAAACCAAUUACUUUGAAAGCAGGAGAAGAAUGGAUGGGUCGUUUGGAGAUUCUUGUUAUUCCUUCAACUUUUUGCAGCGACUUUUCUAAUUUUAAUUAAGAUAUUUUUAUCUUUUUAUCUAUUAGAUUUGCAUAUUAGCAUCUUGUGUUCUAUCAUAUGUGUUAUAAAGUACGCUAAAAAGUUGGCUUUCUUGAUUAGGAUUUCUAAGUUGAAUCUUUGAAUUUUAAUCUUCAUCUUGGUAUAUGAAUAUCUUUUGGUUUUUUAAUGG